GUUGUUGUUGUUAUUGUUAUUAGUUAUGUUUUCGUUAUUAUCAUAUUAUACGGAGUAAUUACAAUUAAAAUUAUAGAAAUAAAUAUUAUAAUUAUAAUUACAAUUUUUAUAAUUAUGAUCAUAAUUAUAAUUAUAUUUAAAUUAUAUAUGUGUAAUUACAUUUAUAAUUAUAGUAAUUAUAAUUGUAAUUAUAAUUUUAGAAAUAUUCAAAUCAGAUUAGAUCAGAAAGAUUCAGAUCAGAUCAGAAGGAUUCAGAUCAGAUCAGAAACAUUCAGAUCAGAUCAGGAACAUUCAGAUCAGAUAAGGAACAUUCAGAUCAGAUCAGGAACAUUCAGAUCAGAUCAGGAACAUUCAGAUCAGAUCAGAAAGAUUCAGAUCAGAUCAUAUCAGAAAAAUUCAGAUCAGAUCAGAACUUAAAAAAUUCAUAUCAGAAAAAUUCAGAUAAGAUGAAGAGAACAGCUUCUAAGGGUGACAAAUUUCUUAAUCGGAGCCGAAAAUGUGUAUAUGUGGGGUAUGUUUUUGGCAAGAAAGAGUGAAAUGUUUUUGAUCUAGAGACUCAAGAAUACUUUGUGUCCCGUGAUGUAAAAUUUUUUUAACACUUUUUUCCAUUUGCAUCGGAUUCCUCUCCUCCAGAUACUUCUCACUCGCCACCUAUUUUUUUGCCUAAUGAUUAUGAUGAUCCCUUUUCUCUUGGAUAUUCUGGUGAUUUGAAUAAAGGGGUGCAGCCACUAGUACAUAAUGAAUUCACGUCCCAAGCAAAUGGGCCACCCGAUGAGUCUUCACUUGAUGGGACAUCAUCAUCCUCAAUUAUGGCAGAGGACACACCUCUUGUUUCCCAGUAGGAGCAGCCAGCUCCACUCGGCCGCGGACAGCGCACACGCAUACCUUCGGUGCGUCUCAAAGACUAUGUUACGCAUACUAUUAUUAAAAACAGUCCAUUCCCCACUCCUCCUGCUUCGUCACCCUGUUCAGCUCUUAAUUCUAUUACGGAGCCCCAAUCUUUUCAUGAUGCUGUUAAACAUGAUGGAUGGCGUGAUGCUAUGAAGGCCGAGAUACAGGCACUUGAAAAUAACUCCACUUGGAGUCUUGUUCCUUUACCUCCUGGAAAACGUGCCUUGGGUUGUCGCUGGGUUUAUAAAGUGAAGCACAAAUCUGAUGGCACUGUUGAACGGCUGAAAGCUCGUCUUGUUAUUUUUGGGAAUAGGCAGGUUGCUGGUCUCGAUUAUACAGAAACUUUUGCUCCGGUUGCUAAAAUGGUGACUGUGCGAGCUUUUCGUGCCAUAGCAGCUUGUAAGCAUUGGGAGUUACAUCAAAUGGAUGUACACAAUGCUUUUCUUCACGGAGAUUUACAUGAGGAAGUCUACAUGACUAUUCCUCCGGGCUAUAAAACACGUGACACCACCUUGGUCUGUAGACUUCAUAAAUCCUUAUAUGGACUUAAGCAGGCCCCGCGGUGCUGGUUCGCAAAAUUGGUCACUGCUCUUAAGAAUUAUGGCUUUCUUCAGUCAUAUGCUGACUAUUCUUUAUUUACUCUUACUCGCGGUGCCGUCCAGCUUAAUGUCAUUGUUUAUGUGGAUGGUCUACUUAUCUCUGGAAAUGAUAGUGCUGCUAUGGGCAGUUUUAAAUCAUACCUUAAUGCAUGCUAUCAUAUGAAGGAUUUGGGCUUUCUGAAAUAUUUUUUGGGUAUUGAAGUGGCCCGCAGCUCUACUGGUAUUUUUCUUAACCAAAGAAAAUAUGCCCUGGAUAUUAUUACCGAAACUGGUUUUUGGGGACAAAACCCGCCUCUUUUCCAAUUGAACAACAUCACACCCUUGGGACGGCUACUGGACCACCUCUCCUGGACCCUGAACCAUAUUGUCGUCUUGUUGGUCGCCUAAUUUAUUUGGCUGUCACUCGCCCGGACAUCACAUACUUCGUGCACAUUCUCUCUCAAUUUAUGCACAAACCUCUCAGCGAGCAUUGGUCCGCUGCCUUGCGUGUUGUCCGGUAUCUCAAAGGGUCCCUUGGCCAAGGGAUUCUUCUUCGUGCUGAUAGUGACCUUUCUCUUAUUGGCUGGUGUGAUUCUGGUUGGGCUGCUUGCCCCAUUACACGUAGAUUACUCUCUGGUUGGUUGGUUUUUCUUGGUCAUUCACCUAUCUCCUGGAAAGCUAAGAAACAAUCAACUGUUGCUCGUUCUUUUGUUGAGGCUGAAUACCGCUCCAUGGCGGCGGCAACCUGUGAAUUAAAAUGGCUAAAGGCACUUCUUUUAAGUCUUGGAGUUCAGCAUCCUCAGGCUAUUCCAUUGUACUGUGAUAGUCAAUUUGCCCUUCAUAUUGCUCAAAAUCCUGUCUUUCAUGAAAAGACCAAACACAUUGAGGUUGACUGUCAUUUUGUCCGCGACGCUAUUCAAGCCAAUAUAAUUGCUCCCAACUAUGUUCCUACUACCAUUCAACUCGCUGAUAUCUUUACUAAAGCACUUGGCAAAGCUCAGUUUCAGACUCUCCUACGCAAGUUAGGCAUUUUAAAUCCCCAUGCGCCAACUUGAGAUGGGGUAUUGAGAGAUAUUUUUUGAGAAGUAUUGUUUAAGAUUGUUUUAUUUAUUUAUGGCUAGUAUAUUAUUUUAAUUAUGGUAGCUAUUCCUUAGCCUAAUAUAUACUCUGUAUUACGGAUGUCCAGAGAGGGGUGAUUGGCAUCUUCUUGUAUUUAAAAAGGGGUUGUUCGGUUUAUGAAGAAGCAAG